AUGGUGAAUUUGAGCAAGCAGACCAAGUCAGAUGACACGCGUAUCAUCGUGCGCAACCGUGUCUAUCCUGACCGAGGCGCUAUUUUCAAGCUCUACUCCUGGAAGCGAGCCCUCAACAGUCAAUGCGGCUUUUCCACUAGGCGCCACCGGAUCAGGUGUAAACUCUCGUUGAGCGAAGGCUCACAGCAGCUUAUCUAUGUUUCCUGUGAGAAGCAGUUUGUCGCUGCUAUUGAUAUGAUGUCGAAGAACGGGGCUGAUCUGGAAUUCGAGCUUGUUCACAAAUUCGAAUGGUUGCAUGAGAAGAUAAACAUCUUUACGAAUGGAGGCCGACGGCCGUCGUGUGGAUCUGACUUUUCUGGUACUUUUGAGAAAAGCGAGCUUGAUUGA